GAAAGAAAUCACGUGAGGAAUGACAGGAGCACGUGAGGAAUGGCGGUUUAUAGAGGGAAUAGCGAAGAAUUAACUUGAGGUGGUAGGUAGUUAGCAAGUAGUAGUGUUCACAAAUUGAGAGCUUCCGUAAACACAAGAAUAAACCUGAACACAUCGAACCAACCCCAUAAACCCUAACUUCCAUCUUUCUUCUUCAAUGGCCACUCUCGACCCAAUCCAAAACGGCACAACCAAUCCCUUGCUAUCUGAAAAUCCUGACCCCGCCGAACCUCCCUCCACCGCCGCCGACGAUCCCACUCCUGAGGUUGCGGCUGAGAAGCGGUGGCCGGGAUGGCCCGGCCUCUGCGUGUUCCGCCUCAUCGUGCCGGUCCUCAAAGUCGGAAGCAUCAUUGGCCGCAAGGGGGAGCUCAUCAAGAAGACCUGCGAGGAAACGAAAGCUCGCAUACGAGUCCUCGACGGCGCGGUUGGCACUCCCGAUCGAAUCGUACUCAUAUCAGGGAAGGAAGAGCCAGAGACACCACUUUCUCCUGCAAUGGAUGCUGUCAUAAGGAUUUUUAAACGUAUCUCCGGGUUGUCUGAAAUUGAUGGCGAGAAUAAAGCCGCAGGGCUUGCGUUUUGUUCUGUUCGUUUAUUGGUGGCCUCAACACAGGCUAUCAAUUUGAUUGGAAAGCAGGGUUCAUUAAUUAAAUCUAUACAAGAAAAUACCAGUGCAUCUGUUAGAGUACUAUCUGGAGAUGAGGUUCCCUUUUAUGCUGCUGCGGAUGAGAGGAUUGUUGAGUUGCAGGGAGAAGCCAUGAAGGUCCUUAAGGCUCUGGAAGCAGUAGUUGGGCACCUGAGGAAGUUUUUGGUUGACCCCAGUGUUCUUCCCUUAUUUGAGAAAAGUUACAAUGCAACAAUCUCCCAAGAGCGGCAAGUAGAUUCAACUUGGGUUGACAAACAAUCACUGCAUAGUGCUUCACAGCCUAGCAUUGCAAAUGACAUUCCGCUUUCAUCAAAAAGGGAUUCUCUGUUUGCUGACCGUGAAAGCCAUUUGGAUUCGUUGCUCCCUCCCUCCACAAUGUCAGUAUAUGGUCAAGAUUCUUCCCUUUCUAGUCUUCGUUCUUCAGCACUCGGUCGUACCAGUGCUCCUCCUAUUGUUACCACGGUAAUACAAACAAUGCAAAUACCACUGUCCUAUGCAGAAGACAUUAUUGGUAUACAAGGAACUAAUAUUGAUUACAUUCGCCGCACCAGUGGAGCUAUAUUGACCGUGCAGGAGAGCCGGGUGCCUGAUGAAAUCAUUGUGGAAAUAAAAGGCACCUCAUCUCAGGUUCAGACAGCACAACAGUUGAUUCAGGAAGUUAUAAGUAAUCACAAAGAACCUGUGGGUAGUAAUUACAGCAGGUUAGAUACAGGUCUGAGGUCUUCUUACCCUCAGCUGGGCAGUUCCUCUUAUUCGUCAUCUUCCUUGUCGUCUCAACCCUACAGCGGUUAUGGAUCUUCUGGUCUUGGAGGCUAUAGUACUUUCAGACUUUGACCCAAACUCUUGUAAUCGGGCCUGAUUAAUGUGGCCGAGAGUUGAGCAGUGCUAUAGAAAAUGUAAUGAAAUAUUAACCAUUUUCAGGAGGAAGAUGUUUAGUUUUGUAGUGUAAAUGUGCAUUGAAUUAAAGUAUAAUUAUGGGAUCUAUAUUUUAUUUUAUCCUUUGAAUGCUAACUAUUCUUACCUCCA